AAGUAGGCUUUAAAUAGAAUUUACUAAAAAUCUGGGAAGAAAUCCAAAAGUCUACACAUGUAAAUUGCCUUGCUUAGCAAAAAUGUCCUUGCCUCGUGUUUUCUUUGACAUAACUGCAGAUGGGGAUAAACUGGGACGUAUUACAAUGGAACUGCGCUCGGAUGUGGUUCCAAAGACCGCCGAAAACUUUCGCGCUCUGUGCACCGGGGAGAAGGGCUACGGCUACAAGGAUUGUCCGUUUCAUCGAGUUAUACCGAAUUUCAUGUGCCAAGGCGGCGACUUUACCAACCAGAACGGCACAGGUGGACGUUCGAUCUAUGGCCACAAGUUUCCCGAUGAGAACUUUGAGCUGAAGCACUCGGGACCGGGCACCCUGUCGAUGGCCAAUGCUGGACCCAAUACGAAUGGCUCGCAGUUUUUUAUAUGCGUGGGCAAAACUUCGUGGCUGGACAAUAAACAUGUCGUCUUUGGGAAAGUCGUCGAUGGCAUGGAUAUAGUUCGAAAGAUCGAAUCGAUGGGAUCUAACUCGGGCAAGACAACCAAGAGGAUUGUAAUUGAGGACUGUGGCGACGUGUAGAGAGGGGGGGGGCAUUUAAUUCGAAACGUAAUUAAA